ACUUAGUGAUUGGGCGUCUAACGUAAAAGGAUUAAACGAUGUACAUGUGUACGAGGCUUGUGGUGAAUGUUGUCUGCGGCCGGAUAAAGUUAUUUGCUUCUCGUCACUUCUGGAAAAGGACAUUCUGCAGCAUGCCUCCUGUGCCGAAGUCAUUUGAUUACCUGGUAAUAGGUGGAGGUUCUGGGGGUAUUGCAAGCGCCAGACGAGCUGCAGAAUUCGGUGUUUCAGUAGGUCUCAUCGAGUCGGGCCGGCUGGGCGGGACAUGUGUGAAUGUAGGAUGUGUUCCCAAGAAGGUGAUGUUCUUGACUGCAAUGCACUCAGAAUACUUGCACGAUCAACCGGACUACGGCUUUGAUGUAGAUAAAAAAGGAUUUUCUUGGAGCAUGGUGAAGCAGAAGCGAGAUGCCUACAUCAAGCGGCUCAACGGCAUCUACUUCGGAAACCUGGAGAGGUCAAAGGUUGAGUAUAUCAAAGGCCUGGCGCGGUUCACGGACAACCGCUGCGUGGAGGUGGACGGGCAGUUGUACACUGGCAAGCACAUCAUGAUCGCCGCUGGCGGACGGCCCAUCAUUCCGGACAUCCCUGGCUCAGAGUUGGGAAUCACCAGUGAUGGUUUCUUUGAGCUGGAGGAUCUGCCCAAGAAAACUGCUGUUAUUGGUGCCGGGUACAUAGCAGUGGAGCUUGCCGGAAUCUUGAACGACCUCGGCAGUGAUGUCUCGCUGUUCAUCAGGAGACAGCAAGCUUUAAGAACCUUCGAUGCCAUGGUCAGUGAGAAUGUAACAGAGACCAUAAAGGCGUCAGGGAUCACCUUGGUGACAAACAGCGUGUCAAAGUCACUGGUGAAAGCGGAGGACGGCACAUUAACAUACGAAACCACUGCAGGUGUCUUCUCUGGUUUUGACUGCCUUAUUUGGGCCGUUGGCCGAUCUCCAAACUCAGACAAACUAAGCCUUGAUAAGGUGGGUGUGGAGAUGGAUAAAGAUGGCAACAUCGUUGUCGAUGAGUAUCAGAACACGAACGCCCCAGGGAUCUAUGCUCUGGGUGACAUAUGCGGCAAGGCUCUACUGACACCAGUCGCCAUCCGAGCCGGCAGAAUGCUUGCCCACCGUCUCUUUGACAACAAGCCAGACUGGAAGAUGAACUACAGCCUGAUUCCCACCGUCGUCUUCUCGCAUCCGCCCAUCGGAACGAUUGGUCUCACGGAAGCUGAAGCUGAGGCCCAGUACAAACGUGAAAAUCUCAAGAUCUACACGUCAGCGUUCAACAACAUGUACUUUCAGAUGACGGAACGCAAAGAAAGGACCAAGAUGAAGCUCAUCUGUGCCGGGCCGGAGGAGAAGGUGGUGGGCCUUCACAUGCAAGGCAUGGGCGUAGACGAGAUGCUACAAGGCUUCUCCGUGGCCAUCACCAUGGGCGCUACCAAGAAGGACUUUGAUGCCACCGUGGCCAUCCACCCGACCGCGGCCGAGGAGCUGGUCACCAUGCGAUGAGCUGUCUGUCGGAUAUGGUACAGUGGGUAGAUGGUAACUAUUCCGUGAUUAGUAUCAUGAACUUAAUUGAAUUGGUGGUGGAGUUAACGGGUAUUUUUGACAAGGCCAAUGGUCCUAGGGUAGUGCUGGCAGUCAUUUGUUUGAAUUAUGUAAAUUGGAAGUGGGUGCUCAAAAGUAAACGCGUUCUGACUUGUUUUGCUCAAUCUGCACACGUCACAAAUUCUUAGAAAGUGGCAGUUUGCCAACCGAACUCACCCAGAACUUCUCAAAAUCAAAAGCCGUAGUUGCUGGUAGGAAUAUUUUUCGAUGGAGAUGAGAAUUUCGUUCCUCUAUGCAUUUUCUCACCGUCGACUCCAUCAGUCUGUUGGCAACAUAGGAGUUAGAAGUCGAUUUCUGCAUCUUCCUGCAGCAAGUGUGCGCUGGAGGUUUACAAAGAAAUGGAUGCAAAUUUUGUUCGCGACACAGUAUGCUGUGUAACAUUUUGCAGAAGAGUUGCACACCCAGACAUUUUAGACAGCUGCAAACGGAAGAGUAACUUGACUGAUGCAAGAUAUUUGCUGAAUAUCAUCUCAUGAAAAUUGUAUAUCAUUUACAAAUAAACAGGUUUUUAUUGAUAUUGAAUGAGUUGCAGCUAAAACUAUUACGAUAAAAUUAGGUAUUGAGUGAGUCAUUUCUAUUAUAUUUUUUCCCGUCUUUUAUGAAGGAUUUUGACUAUAUUGUAGAUGUAAUUUCAGGCUUUUCAUGGUGAAGGCCAGCAACAGGUGCAAAGGCUUGCGGUAGCACCAUGCAAAGGAACAUAUCUCUUAUGAGU